AUGUCGACGGUCUCCUUGUUGAGUCGAAAAUGCGGGCGAUGCCGGAGACAUGGUGUUCUGAACAAUUUCACAGGACAUCAAGGAAACUGUCCGUUCUAUGAUUGCACUUGUGAGAAGGUAGGUUGCAGCGCUUUGUGAAUAGGGGCACAUUGGGAGAUCUUGAAUUUUGAUGCCGUCUGGAGCAAGAGCGGUAUAACAAGGGAAGUGCCACAAGUGCGACGCUGUGGUUUUGAUGAAAAAUAUAGAGUAAUUUUUUCUAUCCUUGCUCGAGUUUUGCAGAAACGACCAAAAUUUGGAGGUCGAAAGUUGGCAAAAAUCUGAAGCUUUCUGCAAUUUUUCGCAUGAAAAUGUGUGGUACAUUCACAAAAAAAUUGUUUUUUCCGCAAAAAACCAGCAAAGGUACGACCAAGAUAUUGAAAGACCUUUGCCGCCGAGAGAGUACGCGAAACACGAAGAGCGGGCAGAGGGAAAAACAUCUUUUGGUCAUAACUUUGCUAGUUCCGUGCGGAAAAAAAAAUGAUUUUUUUAUGGAAACAUUAACCUCUAUGGUCGAAAUAGGCACGAAACUUUUCGUGCCGAAAUUCGGCAAAAGGUGUCAAAUUUUCGCCCACUUUCGGUCUGAAAUGUCGGUUGUUUCUGCAAAACGCGAGCUAGGACUCUGGCAUAUAUCUUAGAAAAAAUUAUUUUAAAUUUGUGCCAAGUUUCAUCAAAAUCUGAGCAUCGCACUUGGAGUACUUCCCCUGUAAGAUAGCUGUAGUAAAAAAGAAAUCUCCGUAUUACAAUAGCAAUCGCAUCUACAUUCCAGUGCGCCUUUUCAACUCGUCGACCACGAGCGAAGAAGGUCAAAGCUCCAGCUCAAAGUCCUGUCGCCAAUCCGAAUCAAGCGUCAUGCUCAAACACCUCCAACAACCCCAUCGUCAACAACAUCGGCGACGACGUUUGCGUGUUGACCUCAUCGGAGCCUCUGUCCUCGGUAACGGACCUCCUUCAGCAACCCAGCUUCAACCCCAACAGCGGCAAUCCUUUCGGCAUUACGACCACUGCGCAGCAACGAAGUUUAGAAGGCCCCAUGAAUAUUCAAUGUCCUCAAAUCAUCAUGAUCAAGCCCAUACCUCUUUCAGCGUUUGACAUCGAUCCAAAAGUCAUUGAAUUCAGCCCGCUGCAAAAGUUUUUGGACAACCAGCUGAAAUGGUGUCGAGAAAAUUUCCCCGAAAUUUAUUAUCAACAUAUCCCAAAGGGUGAUUAG